CCUCGCCGGCCCCUGCGGCCCCUUCCCCGCCCCCCCACGAGGCGGCCGCAGCCCCUUUCACAAUAGCGCGGCCCGCCUCCCUCCUCGUCGCCCCCGGGGCGCUCCCGCCCGCUUCCCUCGUGGCGCAUGCGCGCUCCGGCCGCGGCGGCUGCGGCGGUGGCGGCUCCGAGCGGCUCCGUUUUUUUAAAGGGAAACGCUGAAGCACUGGGGGUGGCUGUGGGGGAGGGGGACCCCGAGCUGCGGAGACCCCCCAGGGGUGGCGACAGAGGGGCCCCCUCCCGGAGUAGGAGGGCUUUGGGCGGAUCCAUCCCUCCCACCCUCUUCUGAGGAGGAAAGGGGGGGAAAAAUGGAGGCUCGGGGCGGCUGAGGCGAGCUCCGGGGCGGGGGGCCGGGGCGGGGAAGGGGGGUGUGGGGUGGGGAGACGAGGCGGGCCCGGCCGGGCCAGGGGGGGCCGAAAGCGAGCUCCGGGGAUGAGCUCGGGGGCGGCUGGGUGCGAGCUCCUGCCUCUGAGGCGAAGGCGGCGGCGGCAGCAGAGGCGGCGGCGAGGCCCCCAUGGGCCGGCGGCGGGCCUCAGCCGCGGCCUCCACUUCUCCGCACGCCGGCGGGAUGGCGCCCAGGCCCCGGAGGAGCCGCGCUAGCGGAGGCCUGCUGCCGCGCUGCUGAGGCGAGCCCGCCAAACUCCCCUCCCCCUCCUCCGUCCUCGACCCCCCGCACCUCGCCCCUUCCCCACCCCCUACUCCGUCUCGGUCCCCGGCGCUGCUCCGGACCACUAUGACCAUGAGAUCCGCAGUGUUCAAGGCGGCCGCGGCGCCUGCCGGCGGCAACCCUGAGCAGCGACUGGACUACGAGCGGGCUGCGGCGCUGGGUGGCCCUGAGGACGAGCCCGGGGCGGCCGAAGCCCACUUCCUCCCCCGGCACCGUAAGCUCAAGGAGCCGGGCCCCCCGCUGGCCUCCGCCCAGGGCGGGAGCCCCGCGCCUUCCCCGGCGGGCUGCGGCGGCAAGGGCCGGGGCUUGUUACUGCCGGCCGGGGCGGCCCCUGGGCAGCAGGAAGAGAGCUGGGGCGGUUCGGUGCCCUUGCCCUGUCCGCCCCCAGCCACCAAGCAAGCCGGCAUUGGCGGGGAGCCAGCCGCGGCCGGAGGCGGCUGCAGCCCCCGGCCCAAGUAUCAGGCGGUCUUGCCCAUUCAGACGGGCUCUCUCGUGGCGGCGGCCAAAGAGCCUACGCCCUGGGCUGGGGACAAGGGUGGGGCGGCUUCUCCAGCUGCCACCGCCUCGGACCCGACGGGACCCCCCCCACUACCUCUACCCGGGCCUCCACCUCUGGCACCCACCGCCACCGCCGGGAGCCUGGCGGCCAGCGAGGGCCGAUGGAAGAGUGUGAGGAAGAGCCCUCUUGGAGGUGGCGGCGGCUCAGGAGCCUCCAGUCAGGCCGCCUGCCUCAAACAGAUCCUUCUACUGCAAUUGGACCUCAUUGAGCAGCAGCAGCAGCAGCUGCAGGCCAAGGAAAAGGAGAUCGAGGAGCUCAAGGCCGAGAGAGACACGCUCCUUGCUCGGAUUGAACGCAUGGAAAGGCGGAUGCAGCUGGUAAAGAAGGAUAACGAGAAAGAAAGGCACAAGCUGUUUCAGGGCUAUGAGACUGAAGAGAGAGAGGAAGCAGAGCUAUCUGAGAAAAUUAAACUGGAGUGCCAGCCGGAGCUUUCUGAGACAUCCCAGACUCUGCCUCCCAAGCCCUUCUCAUGCGGGCGGAGUGGAAAGGGACACAAAAGGAAAUCCCCAUUUGGAAGUACAGAAAGAAAGACUCCUGUUAAAAAGCUGGCUCCUGAAUUUUCAAAAGUCAAAACAAAAACUCCUAAGCACUCUCCCAUUAAAGAGGAACCCUGUGGUUCCUUAUCAGAAACUGUUUGUAGACGUGAAUUGAGGAGCCAAGAAACCCCAGAAAAGCCCCGGUCUUCAGUGGACACCCCACCAAGACUCUCUACUCCCCAGAAGGGAUCCAGCACCCAUCCCAAGGAGAAGGCCUUCUCAAGUGAGAUAGAAGAUUUGCCGUACCUUUCCACUACAGAAAUGUAUUUGUGUCGUUGGCACCAGCCUCCCCCAUCACCGUUACCAUUACGGGAAUCCUCUCCAAAGAAGGAGGAGACUGUAGCAAGGUGUCUGAUGCCAUCAAGUGUUGCAGGAGAAACUUCAGUCUUGGCUGUUCCUUCUUGGAGAGACCAUCCAGUAGAGCCUCUAAGGGACCCAAAUCCUUCAGACCUUCUGGAGAACCUGGAUGACAGUGUGUUUUCAAAGCGGCAUGCAAAACUGGAGUUGGAUGAGAAGAGAAGGAAAAGAUGGGAUAUUCAGAGGAUCAGGGAACAAAGAAUUUUACAGCGACUGCAGCUCAGAAUGUAUAAAAAGAAAGGAAUUCAGGAAUCUGAGCCCGAGGUUACCUCAUUUUUCCCUGAGCCAGAUGAUGUUGAAAGUUUGAUGAUUACCCCCUUCUUGCCUGUUGUAGCAUUUGGACGACCAUUACCAAAAUUAACUCCACAGAAUUUUGAGCUGCCCUGGUUGGAUGAGCGUAGUCGAUGCAGGUUGGAGAUCCAGAAGAAGCAAACACCUCACCGGACGUGUAGGAAAUAGCUGUGCUGGCAAGAAUGAGCCCUGUCUUCAGAUAGUUGUAGCAUGCCAUUCCCAGAGAGUGGCAGAGACCUGUGUAUGUGACCUGUGUCCUAUGCGUUGUCAUUCGCUGGUAAUGCCCUUUCAUACCCCCUUGAGUUUGUUUUGUUUCUUCGUCACUGAUUUCACCAGAACUUUCAUUGGACUAAUUGUGAAUUAUGGAAGAUGAUUGAGAUUUCUUUUCCCUUUGUGGGAAAAUGAACUCUCAAGUAAAAUUUGCAUAAUAGCAGA